CCGCCGGGGACACCGCGCGUUUCGUGCCGCGAAAUUUACGUUUAAACAGUUAAUUUAGUGUAGUGAUGUGAAUUUGUGAUUUUAUAUUGGUUUUAUAAGGUGAGCUAAUUACUUGAGAAUUUUGGGGCCUCUAUCAAGUCGAGUCCGGCCCUGUAUCACAAGAUCACCGUGAAGCUAAUUAACAGAUGUACGUUUAGCUGAUGGAAAUUUGGAUAUACAAGCUAUCACCUGAAGGUAGAGCUGAUCAACGCAACGCUAGAGCCAUCAUAACAUCGAUACUGUUAUAAGAUAAAUCACCGACUUUCGAGCACAUGAGAAGCACACACAAAAUUCAAACUCACAAUGACAUCGUCAAUCGUAAGGUAGCCACAGACAACGAAUAAUAUGGCGGAUAACAAGGAAUGGGCGGGAUUCUACGGCGUCGAGAACCGUUCGAAUUUCAAAAUUGAAGAUGACAUUUAUCAAGGCACGCUGGAUUUUCCCGCCAAAUCGAACUACAGCUUAUACGAAAACCAAACAUUUGAUCCAGAAUAUUCAAAUUUUACCACAGACGACUUUUGCACAUCGAAUUAUUCACACGUAUAUUUGAACGUAACGUGCGAGUUCCCUGUUAAUUAUGCUGAGCCAAUGUAUGGCUACAUCGCUCCGUUUCUUCUCGCCACAACAACAGUAGCCAACACAUUGAUAGUGGUGGUACUGUCCCGGCGCCACAUGCGGACUCCCACGAACGUGGUGCUGAUGGCGAUGGCUCUUUGUGACAUGUUCACCAUGCUGUUCCCAGCGCCCUGGCUCUUCUAUAUGUACACGUUUGGAAACCAUUAUAAGCCGCUAAGUCCAGUCAGAGCCUGCCAAGCUUGGAUGUAUAUGAAUGAUGUCAUUCCCGCGAUGUUCCACACGGCUAGCAUAUGGCUAACACUGGCUCUAGCCGUGCAGAGAUACAUAUAUGUAUGCCACGCGCCCGUUGCGAGAACCUGGUGCACAAUGCCACGAGUGAAGAAGUGUCUCAUCUACAUAGGCAUUGCUGCCUUCCUGCACCAGUUCCCGAGGUUUUUCGAGAAGGAGUUCGUCCCCCACGUCACCGUGUGGCGCGGUAGGAGAGAAGAAGUGUGCAGGAGCGAGAUAUCAGCUUGGGUUCACAAACUAUCGGUCGACGCCUACUUCAUUACGUAUUUCACAUUCAGAGUUCUCUUCGUCCAUCUGAUCCCAUGCACAUCUCUCGUAGUCCUCAACGUUCUCCUUUUCAGAGCCAUGAGAACCGCACAGAUCAACCGCCAGAAGUUAUUUAAAGAAAAUCGUAAAUCCGAAUGCAAAAGACUUCGCGACUCAAACUGUACAACACUAAUGUUAAUAGUGGUUGUCACUGUUUUCCUGCUUGUCGAGAUACCUGUAGCCGUAGUUACAAUACUUCAUAUUAUAUCAAGCACUUUAGUCGAGAUUCUAGACUACAAUAUAGCAAAUGUUUUAAUACUAAUUACAAAUUUUUGUAUCAUCGUCUCCUAUCCGAUAAACUUCGCUAUUUACUGCGGCAUGUCGCGACAAUUUCGAGAGACAUUUAAGGAGUUAUUUAUACGAGGCUCGGUGACAUCUAGAAAUGGUGGUUCCAGUAGAUAUUCGUUAGUAAACGGCCCGAGGACUUGUACGAACGAAACUGUGCUAUAAUAUGUAUUAUGCAAGUUGUAAAUAGGUAUUGUCUAUUAAUAGACAUAUCAGUUUUGUUGACGCUUUUUGUCGCCUUAUCGAUGUUUUGCGGAUACCAUGUUCUUGAACUAAAAUUAAUGAAUUAGGUGUAAUUGCUUUGUACAAUUUCUUCAUAACCCUUGUUUAAUUAACUGAAAAACUUAAAGUUUUAUGGUUUGUUUAUUAUUUUCUCGUAUUUCUUAGUUUUUGUAAUGCAAGUUGGUGUUAAAUAAUAGAAAUUUAGAAAAACACAAUCGCAUUUUAUAGAAUUAAAAGCGAGAAAAAAUAAGAAGCUAACUUAUAAUAAGUGAUCACCCUGCCCAUACUCUUAUGCUGUUUGCAAAGAAAUUACUUGAAAGUUGCCGGCCUAGUGGCGGUGCAGUAAUAGUCAAAGAAGUCAUUAUUAUUGAUAGCAUUUUUAAAGUUGGUAAGAUAAAGGAUAUAAGACUAACCAGAACUUUUAUUAAAUAAUCACUUUGUCUUCGUUGAUGAAAAUCAAAUUUUUGUCAAGCUGCAAAUGUCUCUCGGUUCGAGAAUAUGGUCCGCCCUUAUGUAACGUGUAAUUAAAUUACAAUAAACAAAACGGUUACGUUUUUAAAGAUAAAUUGUCUCGGACAGACAUUUAUCUUGUAAAUGGUGAGCCCCCAUUUGAAAACGUAACUAUUCACUGCAAUGUAAAUAUAAUAUCUAAAUGAAUGUACAUUAUACAGUAUUUUGAUGUGCUUUUCGUGUUUAUAGAUCUGAAUUUGUAAUAUAUCGACCAUGGCGGAAUGAAUCAUAUGGUUAUUAAAUAAAUACUUUGAAAUUA